AUGAAUGGAACUACGGGUCAGAACGUAAACAACAGAAGAAGAAGACCAAACCACCAUCAAUCGAAUCAAGAAAACAUUAACCAAGGGCCACUGUAUGGCGGCCCUCCAUCAGGAUUUGAACCUCAAGAUCAGCAUCGAAACCAUAACAGGCCACGUAGAGGACGUGGCGGUCCGAGUGGAGGUGGUAGAAGAGGUGGCGGCGGAAAUUUGCAUGCUCGGUUUAUAAAGGCAGGUUGUAUGACAUCAACAUUGGUAAACUUCUGAGUCUUUCGACUUUUAGGAACGACGGGAUCACAAUGGAAAACCGAUGGAAGGGCAAAUUGAAGAUUGUGAUGUGUGUUGUCAGAAGUCUGAUGUGUUUGGAAUUGGAAAGUGUUUACAUCCGGCUUGUAUGGAGUGUGUAAUUCGGAUGAGAUGUCUCGGUGAACAAAAGUCCUGCCAUGCUUGUCGAGCUGAACUCGACAAAUUGUAUUUUGUCAGGAAACCUGUCGAUUGGAAGUAUUCGCUUCCUUCGAAUGCAAUUGUUCGACAUCCUGACUGCGGUUUGUUUAAUAUCGCCUUUGAGGACGCUUAUACAUUAGAAUGUUACGAAAAGUACAAUCUCUUCUCGUGUCGAGUCUGUGAGAAGAAGUGAGUUUCUCAGUAUCUUUAAUAUAUUUUUUAUCUUGUUUCAGAGGCGAGUUCUCCGAAUUUCCGACUUUUCCAGCCCUAAAACAACACGUGACAACUCAUGGAUUGACAUUCUGUCACAUUUGUUUGGAACAUUUAAAUGUCUUGACUAAAGAUCGCGAGCUUUAUAACCAAGAUGAUCUCAAGAAGCAUAUGAAUGGGGAGAAGGGACGUUACGAGGGAUUCAAAGGCCAUCCCCAGUGCGAUUUUUGCCACCAAAGGUUCUAUGAUGAUGAAUUCUUAUAUCGUCAUCUGAGGAAAGAACACUUUUAUUGUUCUUUAUGCGAAUCUGAAAUGGGGAAGAAUGUUUUCUUCAAGUAAGAGUGUGUAGGCACGUCAAAGUAUUUUUUUUAGCCGAGUUGAGCAACUUCAUCGUCAUUAUAAAAAAGAGCAUCAUCCGUGUUUACAUCAGGAUUGUUUGGCUAUGGGAAUUGUCUUUAAAAACGAAAUGGAACUAAAUGUUCACAACGUAAUGGUUUCCUUUAUAUCAAUUGCGUUUAUUGUUUUAGGCCCAACAUCACAGUGAAGGGAAUCGAAGUAUCCCUGUGGACUUCCAGUUCAACAGGAAUAUCUCGAGAUUCGGUGAAUCCUCUGGGAGAAAUACCUCAGCUGUUCAUUCCAAUUCUUCCUCUGGAGUUUCUGUAAUCCCAGCGAGAGAAGCUGUUAUCAAUGCCCCCAGACAGGCAAUCAUCAUUCCCUCCGCCCAGUUUACUCGCCAACAGCCUCGAACAGUCCCAGCUCCACCAAGAGUUGAAAUUGGUGACUUCCCUUCACUAGGACCUCCAUCGAGCGCUGUUAACGGAACUAACUGGCGGGUAUGACAAAUUAAUUUUUUGCUUAUGGAUUUAGGCAUCAGUUCAAUCCUCCCGACAAGCUCAGGCAAAUAGCGCUCCAAGUAAACCCCUUGACUUGGCCAGCCAAUUCCCUUCAUUGGGCCCAUCAAAUUCCGCUGCAAGUGUAUCUUCUGGAACGUCUUGGGGAACAAAGAAUAUUGCAUCGGUGGUAAGUGCACACGCGCUGAAUGUAUUAAAAAUGCAUUUAGUUGAGACAACCGGCUCAGAGGCCACAAAAACCUUCCACAUCAAAUGUUCAGCGAAAGAAACUUGUUCCCUUGCCGGAUAUAUGGCCAGAGAAUAUGCAGAAGAAGUUGGAGGCAAGAGAACAAGGUUUGCCGGAGCCCACGGAUGAAGAUCCACCGCUUCCCGACCCUCACGUCGUUUUGGCCAAGAAAAAGGAGCCCAAAAAGAAGACCGUGAAAGCGUCAACUGUAAUGGAGAAGGUUAAGCCGACACCUCUCGCGGCAAACAACUCCAAGUUUAAUGUGUUCUCCUCUGUGGAUAACGAUGACAAUGAAGAGGUCGCUACUGAGGAAUGGUUAUCUUCAACGGCUAUGAAAGCCAAGCUAAAGAAGAAGAUCGCUAAACAGGAAGAGAAAGAGAAGUUGAUGGAGGAAAGGAGGAAGAAAAAAGAAGAGGAGGAAAAGGUAAGUCAGACAUUGUUUGAAAUGAUUUGAAUGUGGCAGAAAUUGCAAGAAAAACUGACAUUGGAGAAGUUCCUACAUGAAAAAAAAGAGAGGGAAUCUGCGGAAGCUGCUCGAAAACUUGAAGAAGUUAAGGUGUGGGAUGGCGAACAAGACUCCGAGGACAUGCCUGGGUCUAGCCGACCAAAGAAUCCAGAAGAUACGGACGAUCCUUUGCUGAAAGCUGUAAGUAAAUACACUUCUGAAUGUAUUGGUUUAGUUACUGGAGAAUCAUAAGAAAUAUGCUGAAGAAAGAACAGGUCCCCAAUCAGCCUUGGACCGCAUAAAGGCGUUGACGGGAUGGUUUGGAGAAUCAAAGGAGGAUAAGUCUGCAGAACCACCUAGACCAAACACUACCGAUGAUCUCGGUUCCGCAUCUCGAGUCGCGCCACCUCCCGGGUUUGAAAAGUUGUCUGUUUCUAAACCUCCAGGAUUCUAA